GGGAGGAGGGGACGGGAGACAGGCAGAGCCGGCGUCUGCACUCAGCCUCCCGCGCCGCGCACCUGGCCCGCCUGCCCUCCGCAGCUCUCGGCCUUUUCUCUGGGAGGACAACCUGCUGACCCCGGGCCAGGAUGGACGGCAGACGGCAGCAUUCUCGCUGGGCCUGGUCCCUGCUGGCCGUGGCAGUUGUGGCUGGCGGUGCGAUGUCAACAGGGGCCACGGACAACAGCCCAACGUCCAACAGCCUGGAGGGGGGCGCUGACGCCACGGCCUACUGGUGGGGGGAGUGGACCAAGUGGACGGCGUGCUCCCGCAGCUGUGGGGGCGGGGUGAUGUCCCAGGAGCGGCACUGCCUGCAGCAGAGGAGGAAGUCUGUCACAGGCGCCGGGAACAGGACCUGCACGGGCACCUCCAAGCGCUACCAGCUCUGCAGAGCGCAGGACUGUCCGCUGGACGGGAGGAGCUUCCGCGAGGAGCAGUGCGUCUCUUUCAACUCCCACGUGUACAACGGGCGGACGUACCAGUGGAAGCCUCUGUACCCGGACGACUACGUACACAUCUCCAGCAAGCCGUGCGACCUGCACUGCACCACCGUGGACGGCCAGCGGCAGCUCAUGGUCCCCGCCCGCGACGGCACGUCCUGCAAGCUCGCCGACCUGCGAGGGGUUUGCGUGUCUGGAAAAUGUGAGCCCAUCGGCUGUGACGGGGUGCUCUUCUCCACACACGCGCUGGACAAGUGCGGCGUCUGCCAGGGGGACGGGAGCAGCUGCACCCACGUGACGGGCAACUACCGCAAGGGCGGCACCCACCUCGGUUACUCUCUGGUGACCUAUAUCCCGGCCGGCGCCCGAGACAUCCAGAUCGUGGAGAGGAAGAAGUCGGCCGAUGUGCUGGCCCUUGCAGACGAAGCCGGCUACUAUUUCUUCAACGGCAACUACAAGGUGGACAGCCCCAAGAACUUCAACAUCGCCGGCACUGUGGUCAAGUACCGGCGGCCCAUGGACAUCUACGAGACCGGCAUCGAGUACAUUGUGGCACAGGGGCCCACCACGCAGGGCCUGAACGUCAUGGUGUGGAACCAGAAUGGCAAGAGCCCCUCCAUCACCUUCGAGUACACGCUGCUGCAGCCGCCGCACGCGCACCGCAUCCCGCCCGUGUACUACGGCUUCCCCGAGCCCGGCUCCGACAGCGCCGAGAGCCAGGAGCUGGACGGGGCCGGGCCUCUGGGCUUCGUGCCUCACAAUGGCUCGCUCUACAGCCAGGCCUCCUCGGAGCGGCUGGGCCUGGACAACCGGCUGUUUGGCCACCCGGGCCUGGAGCUGGAGCUGGGCCUGAGCAAGGGCCAGGAGACCAACGAGGUGUGCGAACAGCCCGGCGGCGCGGCCUGCGAGGCGCCAGCCAGGCCCAAGGGCUUCCGAGACCGCAACACCACCGGGACCGCUCUCGCGGGGGACAAGGAUGACCGAGAGGCUGACGCCCGUCUCGCCUCCCAGGAGUUCCUCUCGGCCAACGCCAUCUCCGACCAGCUCCUGGGCGCGGGCUCCGACUCCAAAGAGCUCUCCCUCAACGAGACGGUGAACAGCAUCUUUGCACAGGGUGCCCCGCGGAGCUCCCUGGCCGAGAGCCUCCCCGUUGACUACGAGGACCCUGAGGAAGCCGGCGCCUACCUGCUCAACGGGUCCUACCUGGAGCUGAGCAGCGACAGGGCCACCAACGCCUCCUCCGAGGCGCCCGUCCCCAGCGUCAGCGCCAGCCUCCCCACCUCAGCUGGGAACAGGACUCACAAGGCCAGGCCCAGGCCCAAGGCACGCAAGCAGGGCGUGAGUCCCGCGGACAUGUACCGGUGGAAGCUCUCGUCCCACGAGCCCUGCAGUGCCACCUGCACCACAGGGGUCAUGUCAACGUACGCCAUGUGCGUCCGCUACGACGGCGUUGAGGUGGACGACAGCUACUGCGACGCCCUGACCCGUCCCGAGCCCGUCCACGAGUUCUGCGCGGGGCGGGAAUGCCAGCCCAGGUGGGAGACCAGCAGCUGGAGCGAGUGCUCGCGCACCUGCGGUGAGGGCUACCAGUUCCGCAUCGUCCGCUGCUGGAAGAUGCUGUCGCCCGGCUUCGACAGCUCCGUGUACAGCGACCUGUGUGAGGCGGCCGAGGCCGUGCGGCCCGAGGAGCGCAAGACGUGCCGGAACCCGGCCUGCGGGCCCCAGUGGGAGAUGUCCGAGUGGUCGGAGUGCACGGCCAAGUGUGGGGAGCGCAGCGUGGUGACCAGGGACAUCCGCUGCUCGGAGGACGAGAAGCUGUGCGACCCCAACACCAGGCCUGUCGGGGAGAAGAACUGCACGGGCCCCCCCUGCGACCGCCAGUGGACUGUGUCCGACUGGGGGCCGUGCAGCGGCAGCUGCGGGCAGGGGCGCACCAUCAGGCACGUGUACUGCAAGACCAGCGACGGACGGGUGGUGCCCGAGUCCCAGUGCCAGGUGGAGACCAAGCCUCUGGCCAUCCACCCCUGUGGGGACAAGAGCUGCCCCGCCCACUGGCUGGCCCAGGACUGGGAGCGGUGCAACACCACCUGUGGGCGUGGUGUGAAGAAGCGGCUGGUGCUGUGCAUGGAGCUGGCCAACGGGAAGCCGCAGACGCGCAGCGGCCCCGAGUGCGGGCUCGCCAAGAAGCCCCCCGAGGAGAGCACGUGCUUCGAGAGGCCCUGCUUCAAGUGGUACACCAGCCCGUGGUCUGAGUGCACCAAGACCUGCGGGGUGGGCGUGAGGAUGCGGGACGUGAAGUGCUACCAGGGGACAGACAUCGUCCGAGGCUGCGACCCGCUGGUGAAGCCCGUCAGCAGACAGGCCUGUGACCUGCAGCCCUGCCCCACGGAGCCCCCAGACGACAGCUGCCAGGACCAGCCGGGCACCAACUGCGCCCUGGCCAUCAAGGUGAACCUGUGCGGCCACUGGUACUACAGCAAGGCGUGCUGCCACUCCUGCAGGCCCCCCCACUCCUAGGCCGGCGGCUGCAGCCCCUUGGAGACCCAGACAGAGCACCCCGCCCUAGGGCUGCUGCAGAUUCGGGGGGGCCCCACAGACACCGUCCCGCAGGGCGCUUGUGCUGCGAGUGUGACACUGAGCCUCGGCUGUCGAACAGGGACACCCCACAGCCCACGGACCUGUGCGGGGGCCCCCAGCGCUCCUCCACCCCUCCCGGACAGAGCCGCCCCGCUGUGGGAACUCGCACAUCUGCCCGUGUGGCUCCUGGGCUGCGGUUCCCGCUCCCUAGCCUAGCGGUCCCCAGCCAAGGGGCCCAGGCCCGAAGGCCAGCGGGGAGCGGGGGAG